AUGUCCGAUGUCGAGCACAAUAUACCAGCAUCAUCUGGUCUCCAAUUAAAUAAACGCAGCUGCUCACGUUGCAACCAAAGAAAAGUGCGAUGUGAUAAAGUAUAUCCCUGCAGCGCAUGUGUCAAAGCAGAAGUGCAGUGCAUCUUUCCAGGCCCAAAGAGAGCACGGCGGACAUUAAAUAGGCCACCAGUCAGUGAGUUACUCACUCGCUUAAAGCAUCUUGAGCAAGAGGUCAAGCAACUCCGCUUAACGCGCUGCAACCCGGACACCGACCCUACACCGGACUUGGAUGAUCACCCGAAUCUGCAAAAGACGGCCAAAAAGACUGAUUUGCUGGUUCGUAAAGAGGGAAAGAGUCGGUAUGUCAGUGACGAAGUUUCUGUUGCACUGGGACAACAGAUCUCUGAACUCCGUGAUAUUAUUGAAAGCUCUUCAGACGAUGAGCAAUAUUCACCCGGCCCAAAUUACAGUCCCAUUAUCCUCUCCGAGGGUGGACUUCUUGGAACUGACAAUUCCACCUGGUCUCUCGACUAUUUUCGCCUGCAUUAUUGUCAACCAGCAAGGAUUGAUGCAUUAUGGAGAACAUACCAAGAAAAUGUGGCACCAUUGAUUGUCAUACUUCACCGAGCCACAAUGGGGAGGAUUGUCCAAGACGCCUGUUCUGGCGUCGACUUAUCCCCUUCGGAUGAGGCACUGCUAUUCUCUGUGUGUUAUGCCGCGGUAGCCAGCAUGAGAGCGCACAUAUGCCCUUCCAUACUGGACAUCGACCAAGAUACAGCUAUCCAAGACUGCAGACGAGCAGUGAGCCAGGCGCUUCGCCGAGCCAACUUCAUCAGUUCUCAGAGCUUGUCUGCUCUCCAAGCGGCUGUUCUGUACUUGCUAUGUUAUCGAGUCGGUGGUGACACACGUCUUGUAUGGGCCGAAUCUGCCGUUGUGAUACGAGUUGCACAAGCACAAGGCGUCCAUCGCGAUGGGCGGAAUUUUGAAUUACCACCAUUAGAAACAGAGAUGCGCCGUCGGUUAUGGUGGCAUAUCUGCAUGCUUGACAUGUUGUCUUCGGGGGACCAAGGCGUCGAUACCCAAAUUAGACCUGAAAUGUUCGACACCCAGUUUCCGAGUAAUAUCGACGAUGAUGCUAUUGCCUUAUAUAUGACGGAUCAGCCACUGCCGAAGACUGGCUUCACAAAUACCACCAUCUGCAUCAUGAGCUGCCAUAUCAUGACGGAAAUACUCUGGCCGCGGCGGGGUGGAUACUCGGAUAUGUCCACGCACGACCGCGAAAAUCUCGUCACAGCUCUAGGGAAAGGCCUUCAUGAACAGUAUAUCGAUCAUUUCAACCUGGACGUCCCAAUUCAUUGGGUGGUCGCAACUGUUGUGCGACUCCAACUAUCCAAGGCCUGGCUGGCGACUCAUUUCCAGCCCAAAGACUCGGACGUGAAGACCUUCCGCCACGACGACCGUGUCUUCGAGACGGCUGUCGAGCUUGCGCGGUUCUCCUACCUCCUGCAUACCAAUGAAGGAACGAUGCAGUGGAGGUGGUUAUGUACAAGCUUCAAGGAAUGGCAUGUGGUCGCUUUUAUACUUUCGGAGCUCUGCUCGCGUCCACUCAGUCCCGAGACUGACCAUGCUUGGGAUGUCGUGACCAAAAUAUAUAGGUCGUGGCAGCAUGAUAUGCCGCGUACUGAUGCUAUACUUCAGAAGCCCUUGGAUCGGCUCAUGGCACGCACGGCCGCAUCGCGAGCUAGCAGACAAGGGCAGGAUGGCCAGGCACCAUUCAGUCAAGAGGCUUUGUCCGAUGCGUCUUUUGGAUUGGGUGACUCAGAUUUUGAUCUGCUGUUUUCCGGUCUGGACUGGCUUUCUGGGUCCUUAUUUUAG